AUGAAUAAUUUAACAUUUUUUCCCAAGGAUGAGAGCUCUUUAACCAAAGAUAACAACCCUUAAUUACGCAUUUCAACUUUAAUUAAAUAUCAGUAUCACUUAUUAUUUAUUAUCAUUAAGGUGGCGCAUAUGGAAACUAAACUACACGUUGACCAAACCAAAAAAAAAGAUGCUCUCAACUGCGCUCUCUGAAAAUCCAGCUCCGGCGCCGUCACUCUUCCCUUCCGACAGGCCUCCGGACUCGGCGCUGACUCUUUCAACAGAUUCUUCACCUGCUUCAGUUUUGACACCACCCCCGACCACCUCGACCUCAGACAUGCUCAUCGACAUCACUACUAUUGCGGCUCCUCCCAUCCCUCAGAUGAACGUGAACAUGUCGGCUCCUGAAAAUCAAGCGAACGGGAACCAAAGCCUGACCCCCUCUGAGACGGUGACGACUCAGCCCCGUUUCUCUUAUGCUGGGGCAGUGACAGGCUAGAAGACACCAACGCAACCUCAAACUCUGACCAAUCAAUGGACACCGAUUGG